UUAAAAACUCUUGAAGUUGGGUAAAGUGGCAGAAGGUUGCUGAGCAAAAUCCCCCAAAACAGACCAAGUGCAGACUGAGAGAGGAGAUGGACCUGCUCAAUAACAUGAAUGGAGAAGAUGCCAAACAGGGAUCCAUGUACCUGGAGGAGCAGCUUAACAAACCGGGCGUGGUGUCGUAUAUUUUCUCUCUGAAAGAGGGGGUGGGAGCGCUGGCCAAAGCCCUCAGGCUGUUCGAGGAAAAGGGAAUCAACCUGACGCACAUCGAGUCACGGCCGUCGCGCAUGAACAAGGCAGAGUACGAGUUCUUCAUCAGCGUGGACAAGUCAUACCCGGUCCUGGACGAGGUCAUCAAGGGCCUGCGCAACCAAAUCAGCGGUCAAGUGCACGAGCUGUCGCGUAACAAGCAGAAAGACACAUUGCCGUGGUUCCCCACAAACCUCCAGGACCUGGACCGAUUCGCCAACCAGAUUCUGAGCUACGGGUCUGAGCUGGAUGCUGAUCAUCCUGGAUUUAAGGACGAGGUCUACAGAGCCAGACGAAAGGAAUUCGCUGACAUCGCCUACAACUACAGACAUGGUCAGCCGAUCCCACGUGUGGAGUACACGGCGGAGGAGAAAGCCACAUGGGGAACUGUGUUCAGAGAGCUGAAGACCUUGUAUCCCACUCACGCGUGUCGCGAGCACAACCGCGUCUUCCCUCUGCUGGAGGAGUACUGCGGCUACCGCGAGGACAACAUCCCUCAGCUCGAGGACGUCUCCAUCUUCCUGCAGUCAUGCACCGGUUUCCGUCUGCGCCCGGUGGCAGGGCUGCUGUCGUCUCGGGACUUCCUCGCUGGUUUAGCCUUCCGUGUGUUUCAUUCCACCCAGUACAUCCGGCACGGAUCCAAGCCCAUGUACACACCUGAGCCAGACAUCUGCCAUGAGCUGUUGGGCCACGUUCCUCUGUUUGCAGACCCUGGGUUUGCUCAGUUCUCACAGGAAAUUGGCCUGGCGUCCCUUGGAGCCCCUGACGAGUACAUUGAGAGGCUUGCUACAGUUUACUGGUUUACUGUAGAAUUUGGACUUUGUAAGCAAGGCAAAAACAUAAAGGCCUAUGGAGCAGGUCUGCUCUCAUCAUUUGGAGAACUACAGUACUGCUUGUCUGACAAACCAAAAACCAUGCCCUUCGAGCCAGAGAAGACCAGUGUGCAGAAAUACCCCAUCACUGAAUUCCAGCCGGUCUACUACGUGGCCGAGAGCUUUGAGGACGGCAAAGAGAAAGUCAGGAAGUUUGCUGCCACCAUCCCAAGACCAUUCUCUCUGCGCUAUAAUGCCUACACUCAGAGCAUCGAGGUUCUAGACAACACCCAAAAACUGCGCAACAUGGCUGACAGCAUCAGCAGUGAGAUGGGGAUCCUGUGCAGCGCUCUGGAGAAGAUGGAGUAGAACAGAUAUCAGUGAAUAAACAGACAGUUCUGAGCAUUUAAACAAUUAAACAACGUCAAAUUCUGGUCCAAAUGAGUUUUAAAACCCACCGUGCGCUCAUACAGAGAGAAGUUCGAUAUAUGAAGUAUUCUUGUGUCUUAGAAAACGUUUAUAUCCAAGUAUUUAAGCAUUCAUUUGCAGGCCAUGAAUAUUUUUAGUCAUCCAUAGCAGUAUGGUUACUUGUUUGGACGAUUACAGAAUUUGUAUGUUUUAAUCUUUUUAAUUAGUUUGGCUUUUAAAGCACUUUUGGACCUUACGCAUCCUAAUAUUUGUAUUGUUUUCAAAUAACCCACAUCAUUAUGUUCAUUCUUUAAUUUGCAACACAUGCUAGAGCUGAUUAUGAUCAUAACUGAAUGUGCGAUUUUAGGGAAGGGGGGGAUGUCCUUUAGAUGCAAUUCCGGCUAUGUUACUAAUUUCAUUUCAGAAUCAUUAUUUGUUCUUUUAUGUUUUAAAUCGGGCACAAAAAGCGCGCUUUUUCCGUCAAUAGCCUUUAAAGUCGCCUAAUCAUCCGACAUUGUGCAGAUAACAGAUUUCCCAGUAACCAUUAUCUCAAAAUAAUUGACAACGGGAUAAUAACAAGCGACAUUUAAGCUGGCUGCUGCAUAUUGUUUAAUAGCCCUUUGAUAAAUAGACAAAGAGAUAUAAUGAGCUAAAUGUAUCAUUAGCUUCAUGUCAGUCUCAUAUAAAUCUUUCUCGUUUCAGCUUUUUUUUCCCUGCAUGCCUGUUUGUUUAAUCAUAUACACCUGCUCGACGAACAUGUAUUAAUAUGUCUGAUGACCAUAUAUAUAUAUAUAUAUAUAUAUAUACAGCCUGACUGCGAGAAAAUGUGUGCAGUGCAUGAGAUCUGUAUUCAAUAAAGAUUUAAUUAUUGAUA